AGGAGGGUGCACUUUUACUAGGCGACAAGUGUCCCCAGCAACCAGUGUCUCCUGUACCAGCAGAAGCUCGGGAACUCUCACCCCCUUGCCUGCCUCUGCCGCGUCUUUGCCCACUGACCAGCCAUGAGAAGGCAGCUCCGGUCCAGAAGGGCUCCGGCCUCUCCUUACGGUUAUCGCUACAGACUUGACGAUCAGGAUGAAGUAAACCAGAACUACUUGGCAGAUGAAGAGGAAGAAGCGGAAGAAGAGGCUCGGGUGAUGGUGGUACCCGAUUUGGAGGAGGAGGAGGAGGAAGAAGGACAGGAGGAGGAAGAGGAGGAGAUAGAAGAGGAAAAGGAGGAGGAAGAGGGUCAGGGUCCGCCAACAGGCAAUGCCUGGUGGCAGAAAUUGCAGACCGUAAGCGAAUACCUGUGGGAUCCGGAGAAAAGGAUGUCUCUGGCCCGAACAGGUCAGAGUUGGAGCCUGAUCUUAGUCAUUUACUUCUUCUUCUAUGCCUCCCUGGCUGCUGUGAUUACCCUCUGCAUGUACACGCUAUUUCUGACCAUCAGUCCUUACAUGCCGACCUUCACCGAGAGGGUGAAGCCUCCUGGAGUGAUGAUCAGACCCUUCGCCCAUAGCCUUAACUUCAAUUUCAACGUUUCCGAACCUGACACCUGGCAGCAUUAUGUCAUUAGCCUAAAUGGCUUUCUCCAGGGUUACAAUGACAGUCUUCAAGAGGAAAUGAAUGUGGAUUGUCCCCCGGGGCAGUACUUCAUCCAAGAUGGCGACGAGGAUGAAGACAAGAAGGCCUGCCAGUUUAAGCGCUCCUUCCUGAAGAACUGCUCGGGCUUGGAGGACCCUACUUUUGGCUACUCUACUGGACAGCCCUGCAUCCUUCUAAAGAUGAACCGGAUUGUAGGCUUCCGUCCUGAACUUGGAGAUCCUGUGAAGGUUUCCUGCAAAGUUCAGAGAGGUGAUGAAAAUGACAUCCGAUCCAUCAAUUACUACCCAGAGUCGGCUUCUUUUGACCUUCGCUACUACCCUUACUACGGCAAACUGACUCACGUUAACUACACCUCCCCACUGGUGGCCAUGCACUUUACAGACGUGGUGAAGAACCAGGCGGUGCCCGUGCAGUGCCAACUGAAGGGCAAGGGCAUCAUAAAUGAUGUCAUCAAUGAUCGUUUUGUGGGGAGGGUGAUCUUUACUCUGAACAUAGAAACCUAAGAACUUCAGGGGUCACUUCCGCUAGUUCUGUUUCUGUUCUAUUUCAUGGACCCCUGGUAGUUCCUGAAUUCUUUUUCUUCAAUCAGGACACAGCCAGACGGACACUUAAGACAGCAGAUGAUCUUUCCUUGCCUUUGACAUAUGUGUAAAAUGACAUUGUGGCAUUGAUUUUUUAAAGGUAGUCUCUCCUGAUGACAAAUAGAUUCUAUUAAUUUCCUCCCCCUGCCCCCACUUAAACGAAAACCGGUCUUGCUGCUACAAGCCUCUCACCGUAGUGUAAACAUAGUGUCUGAUAAAAUUCACAAGGGCCAUGAAGGAGACUUUCUAUGAUGGUUUGAAAUUCAUCGUGUUUUGUAAGAUUCUGUUGUUUUGAGAGGUGAGAUUCCUCCCGACCAGGCUGAUAACUAACCUUUUUGUUUGUUUGUUUUUGUCUUAACCUGCCUGGCAAGUUCCUUCCCUGGGAAUCGCCGAUCAGACCAACCCAGAAUACACCUAGGGCUACCAGGCCUAGAGAACUCUAUACCCAAGGGUGCUUGAGGGACUGGCUGUCUCAAAUGGGCAACUAAAACAAAUACUGAUUUGAAGACUAGGUUAUCUUCAACUGGGACAGAAAGCAGUGCUAACUGGAUAUCGUUCUGGAAUAGAAACGAAGACCUUUCCUAGGACUUUUUUGGGAGGCGGGGUCCAUAGCGACUGGGGCGAAUACCUACCAUGUGGAUGUGACCGGUAUUUGAUUCCUUGCUCUGUGGUGUCAUCAUCCAAAGGCCAACAUCCUUGCAUGCAGGUCUGCCUCGGCUUCAGGGAAAGGAAAAAACAAGGAAGAUUUCCGCCAGCGAAUUAUUCUUGGGCUGUCUGCUUGACAGUACUAUAAUGUUCUUUGAGAACAUUGGGGAUGGGCGUGUUGACCCCCGGCUACAGCCCUGGGGAUUGAAAUCAUGGUCUGCCAACUGAUACGUGGCGAGACAGAGAGCUCCUGCCGGGCCACCCUAAAUCCAAGGCCCGUUGCUAGCGUUCCAUUUGGCUAGAAAACAUGAGGCCGAUGUUUACCCAGGUGGUGGAUCGGCCAGGCUGCUUUGGCCUGGGAUCAUUCCACUGCGUCUUAACACCUCCACCAGGGGGAGGGCUGGGACAAGGAGAAAAAGCGAGCAUUUGAGAAUGGCAUAGGGUCUCAGGGUCCAAAGUAAGCUGAAAUGCCAUCUAGAAGCAUCCGGAGUCUGAAUGUCCUCUAUACUGUUUAUGCUCUCCCGAAACAGGGAACUGGCAGUCUGGUAGUGAAGACAUAUAAGCAGAGAAGUGACUAGGAACUCGUGUGACGAGUUAUAAAACCAGUAUGUGGAAAUGCUAGGGGAACAUGAGGAAAAGUAACUAACUUGAGCUGAGAAGGUAGCAGAGGGAAUUUCACCUGCAAAGUCACGAUCACGGAAGACCACGGUGUGUUUGGGUAACUGGGGGCAGUUCGUGUGGCUGGAGUGUAAGGGGCUCAGAGGAAUGACCAGGAGUGGCAGGGGAUUAGACUAGAGAGAGAGCCCUAGAGAGAGGGCUGGGGUUUAAUCCAGUAAGUGAAAAGGAGUCAUUAAAGUCUUUUAAGCAGGGAAGCUCUGUGAUCAUAUUCGCACUUCAGAAAGAGCACUUUGGCAGCCACAAUAGGAAGGGUGGGUCGGAGAGGCCAAGCCUGGGGAAUGAGGGAGAAGGAAGAGUCGAGAAUGACUCCACGGUUUUGAGCGUGGCUGGAACCGGCGUGAUGGUGAUGUUGUUGAUCAAGACUGGGAACACAAGAGAGGAGCGAGAUUGGAGAGCAAGAUGUGGUCCAUUUCGGACGUUUAAAGCUCAUGAUUCCUAUUGGUCGGACACUGAUCACAAGCCGUAAUCACAAGCGGGGUGGGGGAGAAGGAAAUCUGAGAACAAAAGCAACAUGUGCCUAAGUGAACUCUCUUAAGAAAUUCUAAGCUAUUUAAUCUCAGGCAUCUGAGCCAGUCCUGUAAACACACCACAGCGAUCUAGUCUCUCAGAUACUGUUUUUCUCUCCGCUUGUGGCAGGAGGCGCUCCUAGGGUGUUUCAGAAUCCCCUUCCCACUUGCAACUCAGUAGAGGGGAGCUGACCUCUACUAACAAGCGACGAAAGAUAUUCGAUGGCAGAUCUGUGGAAAAUACAAAACAAAACAAAACAAAACAAAACAACGAAACUGUCUUCCCCAACCCCUUUCCUUACCAGAUUCGAGUUUCAGAGCGAAUCUUUUAAAAAAGAAAGAAACGAAAGACUUGAAGACUAUAACUUGAAAACCACUUAAAAAAUACCUCCGAAAAACCAAACUCUCAAGAUUCAGUAGCAAAAGGUCAUAGAACAUUAGGUCUGGAAAAGGAUAUUAGAGUGUUUAGAGAAAUCAACCUGCCUCGCAUCUGACUCCAGGUCCAGGGCUCUUUCUACUCUGAGCUGCUGCUUACCAGGAAGCACCGUCCUUUUUAAAAAUCAAUGGGUGAUCCCGAACAUUUUGAAGCAUAUGUCAAAUUUGAGUUCGAAUAGUUAACAUUUCACAGGAAUUCAACUACUGGUGCUAUAUUUGAUACAUAAUACAUUAUCCCAUUACAUCCGUUGACUAUUCCACAGACAAGGAAUUGUGAAUUUUUUGUCAUACCGUAGUUUUCAUUCAAUGGAAUCCAUUGGAUCCACAGUUUCAAAGCAGUAUUGAAUAGUACUGGGAUGGUUUGGGUUGUUAGCUGGGACAUGAAAAAAAAUAGCUUUAUUACACAGAACUGGAUAUAAUUAUAUAUAUAUAUAUAUAUAUAUAUAUUCAUGAAAAUAGAAUUCUAACAGUUCAACCAACUUGAGGUGGGUUCAUUUAAAUCAUCCCCCACACGGCAAACGUGCCAGGAUUUGAUUUGUAUCCCAUCGGCCGCAAUGCACUUGGUUUUACUUAGUUGUCAAUGAGAAUUACUACUUCAAAUGCCUUCAUGGUUUUGUCCAUGCUAGAUUUAUGAUUUCUCACCCCUCCAAACUCAUUACCCUAAAGUAACUUUUCUCAGGCAUCUAUUUGCUGGGAAUCUUCAUGUAGAAAACAUUACUAUUGUAUUGAGGAGUUGUUGACAACAAUAAAUUGAAAUAAAAAAGAA